AUGAGGAAGCUGAUGUCGGCGGUGGAGGUGAGCUUUGACCCAGACCACUUUGCGGAUGUGACGGAGAGCAGGGUGGAUAUGCUGACGGUGAGGGGUGUUUGUACCCAACCCCCUCACCCACCCCCCUCACCCACGGGGGACUGUGAAUCGGACGCCGAGAGCCGGCUGCUGCCGGGGGAGGAGGAGGCCGCAGGGGAGGGGGAGUGGGCUGUGGGGGAUGGGGUCUGUGGCCGAGCUGGGCAGCAGGCUGAGGGUCCCGGCGAGGGGGAGUGUGCUGCGGACCCCGUCCCGGCUAUCUGCCCCUCGGCCCCACCCCUUCCCCCAGACGGGGAGGGGGCAGUUAGAACCCAGGUUGAGGCUCUGGCCUCUCCCUCCACCUGCGUCCCCACCCCCGACGAAUCCUACAUCACAAUGUGCAACCUUUACAAGACGCAGCGAGGCGGGCGGGCCCUGCACACAGGGGCGCAGCUCCGCUCCAUGAUCUUGCCCCACCACCGGUCCUCCCAGCCCCCGGUCCUCCCAGCCCCCGGUCCUCCCAGCCCCCGGUCCUCCCAGCCCCCGGUCCUCCCAGCCCCCGGUCCUCCUCCUUCCGCCGCCGCCGCUCUUGCCGAGACGCUGCGGUUGCUCGUUGGCGGUUGCCAGGCCGCGCGGCGGCGACAGAGGCGGGAGAGGAGAGCUUCUGACGGAGGGACCAUCUCCUCCCUCACCAUGAACCUGAGACUAGAGGUGCUUCUGUCCAGUAGCACCAAGCACAAACAGCCUUGGCCCCGACUGUACUGGAUUGGCCAGGAGAAGGAGGCGAUUCUGCUGUCGGACGUGCAGCGGCUGUGUGUGCUCAGUCUGUCGACGGGCCGGACCCAGCGGAAGAUCGGCAAGCUGCAGCCCCUGCUGAAGAACGUGCUCAGUGUGACCACCUCUGCCAACGGUUCGUGGCUGGCUGGAGUGCUGACCACAGGGGAACUCUUCCUAUGGAGGAAGGAUGCCGACUGUUUGAAGACGGUGGGGGCAGUGGAAGGAGUGAGCGCCUUGGCAGCGGCUGCCCAGAACUCCACUGUGAAGCUGUCCUUGUUUGUGUCCAACGAUGGAAAGCGGGUUCUCCUGCUCGCUCAGGUAGGAGCGGCGUUCCUUUGGGAGAGCCUGGAGGAGCAGGAUCUGCCGUCGGUCCCCGGAGCCCGGCUGGGUGGACGGUGGGCGGAGGUGCUGCCUGAUGGCCAGGCCAGUCUUCCCCAGGGUGAAGACAUGGAGAGUGCUGUCCAUGCCGUCUUUGUCGCCGAUGAGGUGCUGGGCGACUGCUGCCUGGCCUGUUUUGCCUUCAUCUCUGGGGAAGCUCUGGUGCUGACCACUGUGAGGCUGCAUUGGUUUGAACAGGUGGAACGCUGCAUCAGGGCGGCCCCGUUGCGGGUGCAGUGGGCGACACAGACGCAGCUUCUGGGGGAGCUGGUCCCCGCCUGCCAACCGGUGAAGUCACGAGGGGCACUGCUGGCAGCGUUCACCACCGACGGCUCACUCCUUGCCCUGGCUAUCAAUCAGAUCAACCCCAAGGCCACCCAGGUGCUGUUUGUGAAGCCAAUGAGUUGUGUGACUGUGUCGACCAGUCUGCAGGGAUGUGGCAGCACCGCCCGCCCUGUGCCAGCCUCGUCUGCCAGGUCCUACUGGGUGGCUGGGGUGAGCUGGACCCCAGACGGCCUCUUCCUGGCGUGCAUGCUGAAACGCGGAGCCUUGCUGAUGCUGUCCCGUCUCGGCGAGCUGGUGACGCUCACCACCUCUGGCUGCUCCGUGGAGUUUGGUCCAGCGGAAUUCAUCCCUCUCCAUCCACUGAUCAUGUACAGGCAGCCUCUGGAUACGGACCGUACACAGUCUGCUGGCUCGCCCGCCUCGGAGAGUGACCCCCUGAGACAGCGCUUCUCUGUGGCAGCCCACCCCUACCUCCCCUGCCUCAUCGUGUCUGAUGGUUACAUGUUUACAGUGCUGCGGUUUGCAGAGCACGUUUCCGCCUCUUCUCUUCUCAAGUCCUUGCUGCUGGAGGUGACGCAGGGCCUCGAGGAUGUUUACAACCUGCUGCUGAGCCAGGGGGCCGAUCUGAAGUGCCGACUAACACCCAUGGCAUCCCUGAGGAGAAGCGUGCUGCAGGGCUGGGGACCGCAGCCGGAGCCGGCCGCCUGUCCACCCCCUCCCUUCCUAAAGGACCACAGGACAGAGGGCGAUGAGGCGGAUGAAGGUGGCGACUCUGAGGAAGAUGCGUGGUGCCGUGCCGACUGCCCGGGGGAUGGCGGUGCCGUGGACCAGUGCCGGCUGGAAUUCGCCAGCAUGUUCGACACCUUGCAUGGCCGGCAGGGAGGACAGGCAGAGCAGCUGGAGGCCAGGUUUGGGCAGCUGCAGAGGGGCGUGCUGCUGGCUUGGAGCGUGGCAGUGUCGGCAAGGGAGGUAGAGGGCAGGGAUCUGCUGCUGCACUACACUGUUCGUGCCCUGCUGCAGUUUGCCCGCCUGCUGCCCUUUGCCCCGGCCAGUUUGCCCGGCUCGCUAGCCAGCACGCAGGCCAAGCUGGUGGACAAGGCGCUGAGGACAAGCCCCGGCAUCUACCGCACGGUGCAGCUGCUGCGCUACUGCCUGACGGUGCUGCACUGGGACUCGGGCCGCAGGCAUGCACUGGCGCAUGCGCUGUGCCUGUGCGCUGGCGUGGUGAAGUUGCUGUUGGCCAGGAGGCUGGGGGCAGCACCAGUCUCGCAGUCGCUCUUCAGCUCUCUCCAGGUGCUCCAGCUCUCCUCUGCACAUCUGAACACGGUGUACACUCUGCCAGCCGCCCUCCACCCUCACCUCCCUGGGAACGCCAGCCUCACCUCGCUCCCAGAGCCUGCAUCACAAGCAGCCGGGGACAAGCGCUCACUCCAUGAGCUGCCCUCUCACACCCUGCGCCCUCCACACGCACCAUCACACAGGCUGGUGUCGAUGUGGCGACUGUUGUACCAACAUGUGGUGCGGCACCAUUCCCAUCUGCGGACACUGCCGACACAAUGGAGCAGAGGCAGCUCCAGGAGGAAGCUGGCACGGGAGGUGGCUCUGCUGACGUCAGUCCUUGCCCAGACUCAGGCAGCUCUGCAGCAGAUGGGGGAGAGACUGGGCCCUCAGCAGCAGCUCACAUCCCUCAAGGGUGAGGAGAGCUUCAUGGUGGGCGCAUACCUGGAAUCGGUGCAGAGCUGGAGGGCAGCCCUGUUGGAGGAGCGGGGCCGAGAGGGCAGGAGACUGGUUUAUCUGCAGACCAGGUACAGCCUGGCCAUUCUCUACACACACCUCUACCUGUACAACCUGCGUGCUGCGCUGGACUUUGGGGAGCAGCUCGUAAAGCAGCUGCUAAGAGCGGAGCCGACAGACGACAGCGGAGCCCCAGGGCUGGCGGUGGGACGGGCAGAGUCAGUGCUGCCGGACAUCGAGGAAGGGGCGGUUCUGGCCGUUCUCCAGUCUCUGGCCCGAUUCAUGGCUCUGUACUUCACCAAUCAGCCCCUGGCCAUACCUCCACCGCACCACAUCCACCUGAUGCCACCCCUGCACUGCAGGCCCGCUGGCGUGCCGCGAGUGGUGCCGGUGGAUCGCGGCGGUGUGUUGCGGGCGGUUCGGGAGCAGGGUGUCUCUGAGUGCUGGAGCGUGGAGCGGACAGUGGAGCUGCUGCUGCUCGGCAGACUGCUCCCUGAGGCCACGUGGCUGGCUCGCAGCCUCGGCGACUGGAAGACGGCCGUGGUGAUGGGCCUGGCCUUCCAUCUGCACAGACGCCACCUUCCACAGCCUGCAUGCUUGAGAUGGCUCCAGCUGCCCAGGGAGCUGCACCCACGCCGGAUCUUCCAGGAAAAGCUGCGGGCACUGCUAGGCCAAGUGCCGCCGGCUCCCGCCACUGAGCACACUCACACCAAGCUGCUGACCGAUGCCGUGGAGGAGGAGGAUGUGGACCUGAUGUGCCAACGGGUGCAGGAGAUGCUGAAGGCUGCGGUGAUGGCCGACACAGACGUGCUGACAGACAGCCUGCAGCUGCUGAUGCAGACGGCACAGGAGCUGGCCGCUGGGCUGCCCGGCCUGGUGCCUGGAGGCCUCUACCUGCCCGCCCCUCCCCUCUACUGCCCGCAGCCCAACACACAGAGUCAGGGUGAUGGAGAGGAUGCGGGGGUGUGCAGGGAGAGGGAGGCUCGGCAGAAGCUGUCCGGGGUGCUCCACCGCAUGUUGCUGCUCCUCAGGGCUGCACGCUGCACCCUUCCCGCUGCCCGCUGGUACAUCGGCAGGCUGCAGCACUGCCGCAAGCUCCUCAACAAGGUGAGGGGGAGAUGCGGCCUACGCUCGCUGGCCGCGUUCCCAGACUCCCUGCUGCAGUACGGGCAGACCCUGCACCCCACCGACAGCCCCGGAGCCAGCGGUGACAGCAGCACCAUCCCCCUCCCCGCACCCCUACUUGGCUGCUUCCGCACCCUGUGUGGCCUGUGCUGGAUGCUGCAUGUCCGUGAGCAGCUGAGCGAGAGAGGCCGCAAGUACCAGGCUGCUCGGCACGGUGCCCAUAGCCCACAGGGCUGCGGGCUGGGGGUGGAGUACGAUGCCUCUGUGCUGGACCACUGCCUGGCCUCUCUGCACUGGGCCUGCCGCCUGCUGCCCUUCACCAGGUUCAUGAACACGGAGGAGCUGGUGCAGGACACCAUUCUCAGCCUGGCCAACCAGAUGCCCCCCGACAGGCAGGUGGUGGAGCUGAUAGUGAGGGCGUUCCCCGGGGUCGAAGACGUGCGGGUGCCGCUGAGGGACAAACACCACUCACUGCAGCAGCGGCUGCGACACAGCACCCUGCAAGGCCCCAGGGGAGAGGAGCUGCUGUCGGUGGUGAUGCACGGACUGUCCCGACAGCGGGUGAAGCUGCUGAAACGGACGGCGCGCAUGGUGGGCCCCGGCGAGACGCACGUGUGGGAGCCCGCUGGCGAGGGCCCAGGAGAGGCUGGUGAACAGCAGACCGAGCAGCUCUCCUCCACCACCACCCUGACCGGCACCACCAUGACCCAGAGUGAGGGGGAGAGUCUGGACAGCCUGACCAUGGAUACCCCGCACCGGGGCACAAGUCUGCAGCCGCACAGGGUCCAGGAGUCGAGGCAGCGGGGGACGGGAGAGCGAGGCCGGGGAGCGGGCAGCAGGAAGACGUCGGCGAGUGGCGUGGACGGGGAGCGUGAUGGUGGGGAGCAGCGGCUGAUUCAGGUCGGCUCCUGGGAGUUUGAGUGCGGUGACGAGGAGUACAUGAAGUUCCUGGAGCUGUUCCUGAGCUACGUGUUGGAGCGAGACGGAGCGGUGAACGAGAGCGGUGUCGUGCCGCUGCUGAGCGGCUAUGGCCGCCGGCUGAGGGAGCAGGAGCUCGACUCGCUGGCCUUCCACGUGCAGAGCUCGCUAAAGCGGCGGCAGAACCGGGGCCGGGUGGCACAGGCCAUCGGCACGGCAACCGGCCCUGGCAUCUCACUGGCCCACCCGCCACAAGGGCGGCACCUGGGCUGCAGGCAAACCAUAACGACUGCUGCCAUCUCCACCGUGCCCAACCCAUUGCACUCCUCCAUCCGUGCCCAGGGCAGUGCCCAUAGCUACUUCCCUGCCAACCAUGCCCGGGGCAGGGGAGGAGGCUGCGGCCUGUUUGGGUCAAGGUCGAGCUCUCUGUCAGCUCCAGCAGAUGUGCCCUGGCAGUGGGGGGCAGAGUCCCACCAUCAGCCUGGCACUGACCCUGACCCUGCUCAUGCCCCCUCUUACUCCCUCACCCCCGCCUCCCUCCUCACCCCCGGCCUCCCGCCAGCCCCCUCCCUGCUGGACAGUGAGCCUGACCCCGGGCUGGAGGGCAGCUGCAGUGACACGGCCAAGCUGCUGGAGUGGAUGGUGCGCUGGUCAGAGCGGAGGCCGGUGCAUGGCACGCACGGGACGGGCACGGGGCCCGGACAUGGCCCCGCCAUCCGGGUCCACACGUCCGUCACCGCCAUCCUGCACUCCCUACGGCUGCUCGAUCGCAGUCUGGGCAUCGACACGGCACCGCGGAAACUCAGCAAGGGUGCAGAGGACGAGAAAGCGGUGGAGCGAGUGCGGAAGCACCGGCAGCCCCGGAAGAGAUCGGAGAGCGCAGGACAGUUGCAGAAGCAGGACUCUGGUUACACAAACCUCUGCAGUGGUCAGGAUCUGACCUCAGACUCGGACAGCGAAAGCGAUGAAGAGGGGUCGCGAUAUGGCCACAGACACUCUCCUCAGGAGCACGGUGGCUACGUCUCCCCAGCAGCGGCGGCUGCGUGUGUGGAUCAGGAGCCGAGGCCACGCACUCCCAUCGGUCCCGGCAUCUCCAUCACCGUCCACACCAACUCCAGGACCAGGAUCAGAGGCAGAGUCAAGGAGGAUUCUGACUCGGAUACGGAGGAGCCCCUGGAUGACUCCCUGACUUCGGACCCUGGGGGAUGUGGGGACAGAUCAAUCAGCACUGAUCCCGGGGAGCUGGUGGAUGAUCCUGAUGGCACAGAUGACUGGGAGAGGACGGAAAAUGCCACAGAGAGGAUGGAAAAUCCCAGAGAGAGGACGGAUAAUCCCAGAGAGAGGACGGAUAAUCCCAGAGAGAGGACGAAUAAUUCCGGAGAUGGCUGGGAGAGUGUGGAUGAGCCCAUAACCAUUGAGCCAUCACAGCGACUGUGUGGGCAGCAGAGAGAGAGGUGUGUACCUGAUGGUAGAUCGUGAGAGAGCAGGAG